GUUGGAAAAUGUUACCAAACACCUUAGUGACUGCGUCAGCCCAUGGCAACGGAGUCCUGAAUUCCAGGGAUGCAGCAAGACACACGGCCGGGGCCAAGCGCUAUAAGUACCUGCGACGGCUCUUCCGCUUCCGGCAGAUGGACUUUGAGUUUGCAGCCUGGCAGAUGCUCUACCUGUUCACCUCCCCACAGAGGGUUUACAGGAACUUUCACUACCGGAAGCAGACCAAGGACCAGUGGGCCAGAGAUGACCCCGCCUUCCUGGUCCUGCUUAGCAUCUGGCUCUGUGUGUCCACUAUAGGAUUUGGCUUUGUACUGGACAUGGGAUUUCUUGAAACAAUAAAGCUUCUCCUUUGGGUUGUAUUCAUAGAUUGUGUAGGUGUCGGUCUGCUAAUAGCAACUUUAAUGUGGUUCAUCUCUAACAAGUACCUAGUGAAACGACAGAGCAGAGAGUAUGAUGUGGAGUGGGGCUACGCCUUUGAUGUGCACCUGAAUGCUUUUUAUCCCCUCUUAGUCAUUCUGCAUUUCAUCCAGCUUUUUUUCAUCAACCAUGUCAUCCUAACAGACACGUUUAUUGGAUAUUUAGUUGGAAAUACCUUAUGGUUGAUUGCAGUUGGCUAUUAUAUCUAUGUAACCUUCCUAGGUUAUAGUGCACUGCCAUUUUUGAAGAGUACAGUAGUUCUUCUCUACCCAUUUGCACCUCUCAUUCUGCUCUAUGCGCUGUCCCUAGCACUGGGAUGGAACUUCACACACACCCUCUGUUCUUUCUACAAGUACAGGGUGAAAUGACAGUGUUGGCGUAGUGACGACUUCUUGUAAAAUCUGUAAAUAAAUCAUCUUUGUAGAUAACU